CAAACUGAAGAAAAGUUCAGAACUGCCAACUCAGACUUAGGAUGUGGUGGGUCGAUGUGGAUCAUCUGCCCAACAGGAGUCAAAAGAUCAAAUUACGUUUGUAAAGGAAGUACAGAAUGCGUCUUUGCUGAUCCCAUCAACAAAGAAACCAUUCAAAUCAAUGCUUUUGAGAGUAAUUCCUAUGUCAAUACAAGAGACUGCCCAUGCUCUAAAUCAACGGGUUCAGUCUUCACGUCUGGGUGCAACACUAAAAUACCAGGCACACUUUCGGGAAUGACAAUAACAAACAUCACCGGCAACUUCAAACAACUCAAGGCAGAGGCAAGUGUCAACUUGGGGUUCAGAACAGUCAUCGUGGAAGAACUUAUGUUAAGAGGAAAAGUAGUCAUAUUUUCAGAUGAGAAAAUUGAUAACGACACAUUCACAGACGACACCACAUACAGUGGAGUUGGGUCUUUAACUGCUACUGUGUUGAACAUCUACACCAAACAACCAACUAAAUUGACUUUCAAUGUGCCAACAUCCAUUUUGGGAACAAAGUCGAGUGAGACAGCUUCGUUGUUGAUACUCUUUACUAAGACUUCUUACAUCGGACUUGGUAAUGUUAAGAAAGAUAAAGAAGAAAAUGGAGAUGUCUAUACAUACCUUGGAAAUUCAACAUCAGUUGCUAUCACCGCAGAACAAAAGUCAGAAGACAAAGAAGUUAAAUUCACUUUGGAACUUGCUCCUGAAGUUGCGAACUCUGAUAUCUCACUGAGUGGUAACGUGCCAUUUAUCAUUGAUAGCGACUUCAUUGCAAGAUCUGUUGUUGUGAGCAGAGGAAGUAACAAUGACACUAUAAAUGCACUUCCAUUCAUACAACUCAAAGAAAGCAGAUACUUCUCAGUUGAGUCGUUGUCUGUUAUUCCAUUGGAGCUCACAUCGUAUGUAGUGACGUACGCGUCUGACAUAUAUCACGUGAGUAUUGCAAAUGAGGAUAAGAUGUCGCAGUCACUGAAGACAGACAUAGACCACUCGAUGUUGCUGUACAAAACAAGUGCAGACGAUGAGACAAGACCACCAAUUCUAUGUGAGUUGACUGUGCCUGUACCAGAAGAGCCAGACACUCCAGACGUAACACCAACUGCUUUUGUCAAGAUGGAAGGCGAAGACAACACAACAACAAUUGUGUGUGUUGUACAGUACAACGAGACUGUAGCAGACAACGCAAAGAUAUACAACAGAAGUGGAUGUCCAUGCAAUGGAAGAUACUGCGUGACUACAAUAACAGCAGAAUACACAGCACUCAUCAACGCAACAUCAAUUGGAUCAUCCGGUCAAAUAAACCAAUUCAUUGUUCAAAACACAAAAGCAGUUGAAGUUGCAAGUGACAUUCUGAACACAAAGGUGAUGACAGUCAAUGGGGAUGCACCAGUCGUCUUCUCGAUCGACACGUUGACAGUUGGUAAAACAUUUGAAUUCAACGCAGACACCGUCAACAUGACAUUCAACAACACAAAGAAGAUGAGCAUUGCACCAUUCACAAUCAACCAACCACAAGACUCAAACAAAUCAAUCCAUGUAGCACUGUACUCACGCAGUUCGUCACUCUCUAACAACUUUGAAUUCUCAAAGGUUGAUGUGUUUGAUGACUUGGUUGUUGAAGAUGCAGCAGACAACGAGCGAAUGGCACUGUUUGUGACAUCGUCUGCAUCAACAAACAUCACCAACUUGGAGGUGAGCAACGCACGACUCUAUCUCCAACAGGGCAAAUUCAACAUUCUCGACAACGAAGUUGUCUUGCUCAUCAAAAAGCCAGAGGCAUUCCCACUGAUGUUUUCAACUGGUGCUUCAGUCAGUUGGCCAGAAGGCACAAUCAAGAUCGUUGUCGACCCAUCACUCCCCAAAGACGUGCCAAUCUUCAUCAUGAGAGUUGGUCUUGGAAAGAACUUCACAGCUGAAAACGGUGUGAAAUUCAGUGUUGUAGAAGGGACAAAAGCAACACAUUUGAAGAGCGCGUCAUUCUCGUCAUACACUGUCAAACAAAUCUGUUCGAUUUAUGUUGCACUUGUGCCAAGCGAUUUUGUCGAAGCAGGAUAUGAGUGCCCAACAGAUCCAACUGAUGCAAGUGAACAAAACAACCUUGAACCAAUUGUCAAAAAGGAUGUGCCAACAUGGGUCAUUGUCAUCUUGAUCAUCAUCGGUGUCUUCAUUGUCAUCAUCUUGAUCUUGUUUGUCGUAUUUAUUGUUGUUGCAAGAAAGAUCCUGUUGAGAAGAAGAAACCUGAAAGUGUUCAACGACGAAGACAACCUGUUCUUCCAAACAGCAGAAUCAUCAGAAGAGACAAAAGAAACAACAAAGGAGGAAACUAAAGAUGACUCCCAGAAGUCGGACGAGUCUUCUUCGUCAUCACUGUCAUCGUCAUCAAAAUCAGACUCAAAAUCAGGUUCUGGAAGCAAAUCCGCAAGCGAGUCCAAGAGCAAAUCAGACAACAAAGACAACAAGUCAGAGAGCACAAACGACGGUUCCUCAGACUAA